CCGUCGAUAAAAAGGGGGUGACGCGCUCACAGAGCUUGACGACGCUGCCCACCACUCCCCACCCCGAGCUGUCCCCCAUUGCUUGCUUCCGCAGUAGCUGCUCGCUCGCUCUAGAGUGUUCACCCGCGGUCUGGUCGAGAGAGCUCGAGCUCUUGCAGCCAUGGCGGUUCCCCUGCUUCUCCUGCUGCUGCUGGCCAUGUUCGCAGGCUCAGAUGCGGCGUUCUGCGUGUGCAAGCCGGGCACCCCGGACGCGAUGAUGCAGAAGGCGAUCGACUACGCCUGCAGCAAGGGCGCCGACUGCGCCCAGACCGCGCAGGGCGGGCCGUGCUACGGCAACGGCAACAAGGUGGCCGUCUGCUCCUACAUCUGCAACAGCUACUUCCAGAGCAGGAGCUCCAUGGGCGCCACCUGCGACUUCGGCGGCGUCGCCACCCUCACCACCACCGACCCCAGCUCCGGCACCUGCAAGUUCGCCUCUGGACCCAGCAGCGUUGGCACCGGCGGCGGCGGCAUGGGCACCGGCGGGACAGGCGCCGGCGGCGGCGGCAUGGGCACCGGCGGGACAGGUGCCGGCGCCGGCACCGGCGGCAUGGGCACCGGCGCGGGCACAGGAGCAGGCACCGGCGCUGGCACUGGAGCGGGCACUGGUGGCAUGGGAGCGGGCACCGGCGCGGGCGCGGGUGUCACGACCCCCGGGAGCGGGAGCACCCUGAGCCCACCGUUCGGCGGCACGGGCGCGUACGGCCCGACAGGCCCCGACUACAACGGCGCCGCCGCCCCGGUCGUGGCCGGGCGCCACGUCGCCGCCGCCUUUCUCCUGGCCGCCGCGGCGCCCCUCCUCCGCCGCUGAGCGCCGGCGCGCGCUGCCAGCUCUUGAAGGAGGGGGUGCAGUAGCGGGUUCCGCGGGCACGCCUGCCGGCGCCCGCUUUGGCCGCCGCCGCGCGCGCCUUUCCGAGCCUGCUGGGUUUUUGAUCGAUCACAAGCCAUCGCGGUGUAGCGGCUGGUAGCGGUGGUAGCCACUGGCACGGGCUACUACUACCAUCCCAACGGACCUCGUGCUGGUGGCCGCCAUGUGGUGCUCUGUACUGGUAGAGAUCUAGGGGAUUCUUUUGUAGUUCCGGACAUACGUGUCGCCGUGUUCACCCGUCCUUUUUUUUUUUCUUUUUCGGCUUUUGUUGCUAUGCUCUGUUAUGUUAUGCUAGGCUGUGUUACUGUACUAUGCUAGUUGUUCGUGGCGGCGGCCACUUUCCGUGCCCUGGGGUCUGCUUCACUGGAGCUCUGCAAAGCAAGUGCGUCUCGUGUUGGCA